CUUUUUUUUUUUUCGUAGAUAUUUUUUUUUUUUUUUUUUUUUUUAUAUAUGGUGGUGCUAACCCGUUAUGCAGGUUUGGAACAAUAAUGAAAACGGGUUUCGUCAGAUGUUGCGCUUAUCUUCCAUGUUCGGUAUCGUCUGGUGGUGGUGUUGUCUGCUCGUGUUGGCAUCGGCCGCGCUGGAUGCCAAGUCACAAAACAGCAGCAGCAGCAGCAGCGCCGGCCAGAGCCGAAUGUUCGGCGGGUUCUUGUUCCGCCGCAGAACCAACCAAGUGGCCGACACCAACGAGAAGCACAGCAACGACAUCGACGUGGAGCAAGAUGAAUACCCAUAUGAUUGGAGUCUGGACUACGACGAAGCCGAAGACAAGACCUUCCAUUCGGACGACGUCAGGCUGCCGUUAGAUCCGGAGGCUUACAUGACUUCGCCAGAGAUUAUCAGGAACCGCGGGUACCCGUUGGAAAUUCAUCACGUGACCACGGGGGAUGGAUACAUACUGGAACUCCAUCGCAUCCCUCCUAGACAUAACGGAGCGCCGGCAUGGAACGGAACGGCUGGCAGAAUCCACGAUUACGAAACGACCGAAGGAAGAGGACGGCCGGUGUUUUUGCAGCAUGGCGUCUUUAGUUCUUCGGCUUGUUGGUUACUCAACCCAAGUCAUCGAUCUCUCGCGUUCCGGUUGGCUGAUCUCGGUUACGAUGUCUGGAUGGGAAACACGAGGGGAAAUGUUUACUCCCGCCAUCACGUCGAACUCGAUCCUGACGAAGAUCCCCAAUUUUGGCAAUACUCAUGGGACGAGAUCGGCUAUUUCGAUAUUCCGGCCUGCAUCCAUUACGUGCUGGCCGUCAGCGGUUGGGACAAACUGGUGUACGCGGGCCACUCGCUGGGCACGGGCCUGUUCUUCAUCGCCAUGAUCCGGCACCCAGAACUCAAUUCCAAAAUACACCGCAUGUUGGCGUUGGCGCCCAUUUCCAGCAAACACAAUUUGCGCAGCCCAUUCCGGCUAGUUUCUCCAAUCAUCGCACGACUAGCCGUCGUGAUGGAUAAGAUGCCAACGAAAGCCAUUUUCGAUCAAGACAUGACGUUGCGAUCGGUUCAAAAGAGAUUGUGCGAACGCAAUUUCUUCAAAGCAUCCUUUUGCCGCGAUGUGCUCUUUUUGAUUGCUGGCGCCAAUCCGGACAAUUUCGAUUUGAACCUACUGCCUUCGGUGAAUGCUCAUCUCUUUCAAGGAACUUCCGUCCGCGUUAUAGCUCAAUUCGCUCAACAUCAUAACACGGGUAAGGAGAUCUUCCAGCAGUACGACUUUGGCAAGAAGGGCAACUUGGAGCGUUACGGUACGCUGGAACCAUCUGUCUACGACAUGAGCAAAGUCACUGCACCCGUCUACCUCUAUUACGGUCUAAACGACCUCAUCUCAACUCGUGAAGACAGUGAAUGGGCGGCCGGCCAGCUGGGUAACGUCCAAGGCUUUUUUCAAGUAGACGACGAUCUGUUUAAUCACUGGGACUUUCUUUGGUCCAUCAACGUGAACGAGCUGCUUUACGACCAUAUAUUACCACUCUUCCAUUAAUUACUCACUUCCUCAAUGUUCCAAAAUGUUUCGAAUUUUUUUUUUUUUUUGUUUCAUUCCCCCCCCUCAAAAAAUGUGUACAGCAGUUAGAUCGUUUCUCAUUCCACAAAAAUGUAUAAAAAUCAAACGCGACCGUAGAACCAAGUGCUGGCGGUCGGACAGCAAUAAACAACAUCUCCAAUGUC